CGUUUGGGCAUGAAGCUACAGCACCAGAUUACGAGAGAACUUCGCGCGAGGCGCAUGGUCCGAGUGCUUAUCAAUUUUUGUAUAAUUAGUCUCACAGUUUAAAUAAUUCAUUAAAAUGUUACUAAAAUCGUCGACUCUUCGACCGAAGAGUCAAUUCGUGAAGCAAAUAGUUUAUUAUUCAUCAGCAAAGUCUCAACGAGUCAUAGCUAUACGGAGAGAAGAUCAGUCAGUAUGGGAACGAAGAGCCCCAUUUUCACCUUCAAAUGUAAACAAAUUCGUGCGGCAAGGAGUCAAAGUUAUAGUGCAGCCUUCAAAUCGACGCGCCUAUCCUAUGCAGUCGUACAUAAACGCGGGCGCAGAUGUACAGGAGGACAUCAGCGAGGCGAGUGUGAUCUUCGGCGUGAAGCAGACCCCCAUCGAUUUGCUCAUACCCAACAAGACCUACUGCUUCUUCUCCCACACCAUAAAGGCUCAAGAGGCCAACAUGCCCAUGUUGGACGCCAUCCUUGCUAAGAACAUUCGUCUAGUCGACUACGAAAAGUUGAUGGACAACGAAGGAAAUCGCGUGGUAGCGUUUGGCAAGUACGCUGGUGUGGCCGGCAUGAUCAAUAUCCUCCACGGUCUUGGGUUGAGGCUGCUGGCACUUGGACACCACACUCCUUUUAUGCACAUAGGGCCAGCUCACAACUACCGCAACUCUAGCAUGGCGCGACAAGCCAUUCGCGACGCCGGCUACGAAGUAGCUCUUGGAAUGAUGCCCAAAUCUCUUGGACCUCUCACUUUUGUCUUCACUGGAUCUGGGAAUGUUUCACAGGGAAGUCAAGAAAUUUUCCAAGAACUACCCUACGAAUAUGUACCUCCGGAAAUGUUGAGAAAAGUAGCAGAACAUGGAAGUCCAAACAAAAUUUACGGCUGCGAAGUGCGUCGGCGAGACCACUUGGUGCGGAAGAAUGGGGGCGGCUACGAUCACCAGGAGUAUGAGGAGCACCCAGAAAGAUACAUCUCUAUAUUUGCGCAGAAGAUUGCGCCGUUUACUUCGGUGCUGGUGAACUGUAUCUACUGGGCGGUGGACAGCCCGAAGCUGCUGACGAUCCCUGAUGCUAAGCACCUGUUGGUGCCAUCACACACGCCAUGGCUGCCGAAGAGCAUUGGCGCGCCGGCACUGCCCCAUAGAAUGCUGGCAAUCUGCGACAUCUCGGCAGACCCCGGUGGCUCCAUCGAGUUCAUGAAUGAGUGCACCACCAUUGACACGCCGUUCUGCCUCUAUGAUGCUGACAGGAACAAGGACACAAAAAGUUUCAAGGGUCCAGGAGUACUGGUGUGCUCUAUUGACAACAUGCCGACCCAAUUGCCUCGUGAGUCCACGGAUUUCUUCGGAGACCUGUUGUUCCCGUACGCAGAGGAUAUCAUGAAGUCGGACGCCACCAAACCUUUGGAUAAGCACGACUUUUCACCUGUUGUGCAAGGGGCUAUUAUAACGAGCAACGGAAAAUUGACUCCACCUUUCGAGUACAUCAAUGAUCUACGAAUGACCAACACUCGUUCGCGUCAUAAGGUGGAGGGCAGCGAGCAGCAGGCACCCGUGGUGAUCCUGGGCAGUGGACUGGUCUCCGCCCCUGUGGUCGAGUACCUGUCGCGGGACAAAAAUAUCGCUGUCACAAUAGCAUCCCAAGUGAAGGAAGAAGCCGACGCACUAGCGGAGCGCUACGGCGUCCGAUCCGAGUAUUUAGAAGCCAACGACGCGGACGCCCUGAAGUCGUUCGCGUCACGUGCUCGUCUCGUGGUGUCCCUGCUGCCUUACGACCUGCACGGAGCGGUGGCCAAGGCCUGCAUUAGUGCUGGUGCCCACAUGGUGACGGCGUCUUAUGUCCGCCCUGAGGUCCAGGAGCUACACGAAUCUGCCAAAAACGCUAACAUAACGUUACUAAACGAAGUUGGAUUGGACCCGGGUAUUGAUCAUCUACUGGCCCUGGAGUGCAUUCAUGACAUCCAAAACCACGGUGGAAGAAUUGACUCCUUCGUCUCAUACUGUGGAGGUCUUCCGGCGCCUGAGUUUAGCGACAAUGCUCUGAGGUAUAAAUUCUCAUGGAAUCCUAGAGGUGUUCUUCUAAAUACAAUCUCUGGAGCCAAGUACCUCAGUAAAGGACAGAUCGUUGAAGUUCUAAGCGGCGGUGAGCUGAUGUCAGUAGCGCGUGAUCUGGACUUCCUGCCAGGAUUAGCGUUUGAAGGCUUCCCCAACAGAGAUAGCACAAUAUACUCUAAACUUUAUGGUGUUGAAGAUGCACAUACUAUGUUCAGAGGCACUCUUAGGUAUAAAGGAUUCGCUGAGACAAUGAAAGCAUUGCAAUUAUUUGGAUUGAUCGAUCCUAAUCCUCACCCAUCUCUACAUCCCGAAGGACCUAAAAUAACAUGGCGUCAGUUUGCCUGCGAGCUACUCGGCCUGAUGGACUCAUCCAUCUUCUACGAGAACCUGCGCAGCCGGCUGGCGGAGCGCAUCGGAGCCGCCGGCGCGCACGCGCUGGAGUCUCUAGGCCUGUUAGACGACGAGCGCGUGCUCAAGUGCAACACGCCGCUCGACACCGUCAGCCACUACCUCAGCAAGCGACUGCAGCUCGGUCAGUACUGGUCAUGUUCACACAGCAGCAGUCCCUACUGGAGUCUCUGGGGCUCCUGGACGACGAGCGCGUGCUCAAGUGCAACACGCCGCUCGACACCGUCAGCCACUACCUCAGCAAGCGACUGCAGCUCGGUCAGUACUGGUCAUGUUCACACAGCAGCAGUCCCUACUGGAGUCUCUGGGGCUCCUGGACGACGAGCGCGUGCUCAAGUGCAACACGCCGCUCGACACCGUCAGCCACUACCUCAGCAAGCGACUGCAGCUCGGUCAGUACUGGUCAUGUUCACACAGCAGCAGUCCCUACUGGAGUCUCUGGGGCUCCUGGACGACGAGCGCGUGCUCAAGUGCAACACGCCGCUCGACACCGUCAGCCACUACCUCAGCAAGCGACUGCAGCUCGGUCAGUACUGGUCAUGUUCACACAGCAGCAGUCCCUACUGGAGUCUCUGGGGCUCCUGGACGACGAGCGCGUGCUCAAGUGCAACACGCCGCUCGACACCGUCAGCCACUACCUCAGCAAGCGACUGCAGCUCGGUCAGUACUGGUCAUGUUCACACAGCAGCAGUCCCUACUGGAGUCUCUGGGGCUCCUGGACGACGAGCGCGUGCUCAAGUGCAACACGCCGCUCGACACCGUCAGCCACUACCUCAGCAAGCGACUGCAGCUCGGUCAGUACUGGUCAUGUUCACACAGCAGCAGUCCCUACUGGAGUCUCUGGGGCUCCUGGACGACGAGCGCGUGCUCAAGUGCAACACGCCGCUCGACACCGUCAGCCACUACCUCAGCAAGCGGCUGCAGCUCGACAAAGACGAGACAGACUUUGUGGUCCUCCGCCACGAGGUGGGCGUGACGUGGAGCGACGGCAAGAAGGAGCGGCGGGAAGUCACCAUGACGGUGCGCGGCGACCCCGCCUCGCACACCGCUAUGGCCAGGACGGUCGGACUGCCGACCGCUAUCGCUGCCAAGAUGGUGCUAGAUGGAGAGAUCCAGGAGCGAGGCGUGGUGUUGCCAUUCGCGCCCGUCGUUUACAAGUCGCUGCUGUCGAGGCUGCGCGCCGACGGCAUUACAGCUAGAGAGACUUCUACACCACUCAACUAAACUUCCUGAAAUUACAUUAACUGUCAAGUAGCAUUCAAGCGUGAAGAAAAAACAAAAUGCAGAUGAUUUCAGCCCACAUUUAGCAUUUGUUAAAUAAUAUUAACGUUGAUCUUGAGAUUUUCUACUAACUUCAUGAGGUUUUACUCAUGAAUACAAUUUGUUAUCUUGUUUUAAAAUUUUUACUGUCAGGAAAAGUCGACAAAUAAACUAGGUACUGAAAUAAGUAGGUUUCAGAGACUGAAAUUCUUUACUUUUGUAUUUAGAUUUGUAAAUAUUUAUGUUUGAUUUUAUUGCGUAUUAUUCAUAAGCACUAGUGUAGUAGGUAGGUACCUACUUCUCGUAUUAGAGUUAAGUAUUUAUACAUGUAUGAAUGAUAUAAUUU